UAACUACAGAAGACAAUAGAGUCCCCCACCCUCCUCUCUCUCUCUCUCUCUCUCUCUUUUCCUGAUUCCAAAUGCCUUCUUCUGGUUGAGGUUGAGGCUGAGGUUGAGGCUGAGGCUGAGGCUGGGGCUGGGCAGGUCUCCAAAGAAGCAGCAGCCACAACAAUCCAGCAGUUCAAAGUUAAGCAGCAGUUGCACAACUUUCAGUAACUCUCUUAGCAGGCUACUAAUGAGCUGAAACCCAGCGAGUCUGAGGAGGUGAAAGGAAGCUUUUGGUUAUUUUCUCUUUACCCCAAAUUGAGAAACCGCACCCCAUCCUACCCUCCCAGAUAACUGUGAGAUAGAAAGUCUUUGCUGCUUACCUGGAGGAUCAUGGCUCCCUUUGGAAAAAAUCUUUUAAAGACUCGACAUAAAAACAGAUCUCCAACUAAAGACAUGGAUUCAGAAGAGAAGGAAAUUGUGGUUUGGGUUUGCCAAGAAGAGAAAAUUGUUUGUGGGUUGACGAAACGCACCACUUCUGCUGAUGUCAUCCAGGCUUUGCUUGAGGAACACGAGACUACAUUUGGAGAGAAACGAUUUCUUCUCGGGAAGCCCAGUGAUUAUUGCAUCAUAGAAAAGUGGAGAGGCUCAGAAAGGGCUCUUCCUCCACUGACGCGAAUCCUGAAGCUUUGGAAGGCUUGGGGAGAUGAGCAGCCCAAUAUGCAGUUUGUUUUGGUUAAAACAGAUGCCUUUCUUCCUGUUCCUUUGUGGAGGACAGCAGAAGCCAAACUGGUGCAAAACACAGAAAGAUUGUGGGAGCUUAGCCCAGCAAAUUAUAUGAAGACGUUACCACCAGACAAACAAAAGAGGAUAGUCAAAAAAACGUUCCGGAAACUGGCUAAAAUUAAGCAGGACACUGUUUCCCAUGAUCGAGAUAGUAUGGAAACAUUAGUUCAUCUGAUUAUUUCCCAGGAUCAUACUAUUCACCAACAAGUCAAGAGAAUGAAAGAACUGGAUCUGGAAAUUGAAAAGUGUGAAGCUAAAUUCCACCUUGACCGGGUAGAAAAUGAUGGCGAAAACUAUGUUCAGGAUGCCUACUUAAUGCCCAGUUUAAGUGAAGUUGAACAAAAGCUCUAUUUGCAGUGUGAUGAAAGCCAGAUUCUGGAGGACCUCAGUAAAAGUGAUGGGAUUGUACAGCUGGAAGAACGACUAACAUAUUAUAGAAUGCUCAUUGACAAGCUCUCUGCUGAAAUAGAAGAAGAGGUAAAAAGUGUUUGCACUGAGAACAACGAAGAUGCAGAAGGGGCAGCCACAAGUGAACUUGAAAGCUCUCAUUUAGAAAGUGUUAAGUGUGAUUUGGAGAAAAGCAUGAAUGAUGGCUUGAAAAUCCACUCUCAUUUGAGCGGCAUCCAGAAGGAGAUUAAAUAUAGUGACUCAUUGCUUCAGAUGAAAGCGAAGGAAUAUGAACUCUUAGCCAAGGAGUUCAGCACACUUCAUAUUAGCAACAAAGAUGCAUGCCAGCUGAAAGAAAACAGCGGGAAGGAACCUGAAGUUUCCAACAGCAAUGAGGAAAUCACUCCCUUGACUCAAAGAGUAUCCACUGUGUAUAUAAAUGACACGGACUCAGAUACUGGUAUCAGUUCCAACCACAGUCAGGACUCAGAAAUAAAUGUAGGAGAAGUGGUGCUGUUGUCAACAUAAUUUGAAUGAUUUUCAGAUCUACUUUAGUUUCAUAGUUGUUUAACUUAAUAAGAAGCCAUAAAUAAUGCAUCCUGAAAGAAAUGUAAUUCAUGUUAAAAUAUCUAGUAGUCAAUAGUAAGUAGAUGACUUGUAAGUUUUUGAUUCAAGAUUUCUUUCCUUUUUUAUUAUUUUUUUUAUUUAUUUUCCCUUUUGUUGCCCUUGCUGUAUUUUUGUUGUUGUAGUAGUUAUUAUUGUUGUUGUUACUGCUGUUGUUGUUGGACAGGACAGAUGGACAGACAGAAAUGGAGAGCAGAGGGGAAGACGGGGGAGGGGGGCACCCAGACACCUGCAGACUUGCGACUCCCCUGCAGGUGGAGAGCCGGGAUCCUUAUGCCAGUCCUUACGCUUUGCGCCAUGUGCGCUUAACCCACUGCGCUACCGCCUGACUCCCUGAUUCAAGAUUUCUAAUGCGACCUAGUUAUUACAAAUUCAAGGAUUUAACCAUUUAUUAAGAUGGCAACACAGAUAGUUUGUAAAUAUAUAUAAUAUAAAAAUACAAUGGUGGGGAAUAAUAUAUCACAGCCUCCCAUAGCUUCUAUGAGAAAUGAUUUAUACUAACUUAAAGUGAAUGUUCAUAUUAUACAAACAGAUAAAAGCAGAUGCACAGACAGUUACAAUAUAAUACUGUUCUUUCCGAUAUACAUUUGGAUUUUUAAGUCUGAAAGUAUGUGGCUUUUAUACUAAGCUGUAGUAAUUCACAUUUUGAUUAUUUUGGUAGAAUGUACACCAUCUCUGUCUCUUCAUGAACCUCUACCUCUUCAGACUUUGAUGACAAGGGGUAGAAGAAUUGUUUCUGAGAGAUGUAAAAGUAAUGGCAGAGGCUAAGAUGGGAGAUUGAUGAGGAAGGGUCAGCAUUACAUAAAAACGGCGUUUUUUUCUAAAGUCUAAAGUCAUUAAGUGAUAUGCAGGGACUUUCUCUAACAAUGCAUAUCUUCUAAUCAAACCAGUGAUCUGCACAGGCUCAUUUUUUGAGUGAGUAUGGUGUGGAUGUCUCUUACACAGCAAAUUACAUGAGCACAGUUCGGCUUAUUUACCUCAUCUACAGAAGUUCAAAUGCAACUUAGUGUCCUUUGGAUAAAAUAAAAUUCUAGAUGGCAUAAGCAUUA